AUGCACGUGGCUCCACCUCUCUGCCUCCUGCUCCUCCUGCUCGCUCCGACGUCGGCCGCUCGUGGCGCCCGCUACCGGGACUGCGGUGGAGUACUGAACGCGACGCACGGUGUCAUCUCGACUCCGAACUUCCCGCACGCGUUCCCGACACCCAUCGAAUGCCGCUGGCUGAUCCGCUCCCGCCCGGGCAAGAAGAUAGUAGUUUACUUCACACAGUACUACCUACGCGGAGGACUGUUCGCCUCAGAGUACGAUCUCUAUAUGUACUCAGACGAAUCCUUGUUCGUCGGCAGGAAUAAUUUGGGAGAGCUGGAGACGGCGGUGCUCGGGGAGCCAGCUAUAGUGUCACUGACGGCCUACAAGCCAUAUCUGCUGCUGAGGCUGGACAUCAGACAGAUGGAUAAUAUGAACAUACGCGUCGAGCAAUACAUGAGAGACGUCUAUGGCUUCAACAUCACGUACGAG